UACACAAACGAAACGAAUAGACCUAGUAGUAUCUGGGGUUUUGCAUACUUGUUAUAAGAAUCUAUUAAAAAAAGAUAUUCCGUACUAAUCAAAAAGGUAAUUCAACAAAAAAUGCACAAGUGAUACCGCUUUUUUAUUUUUAAUCAUUUUACUGAAGAUAUUUCACGAUUCGCUGGAGUUUUGACCACACCACCUUAACCUCACUUUUUUAAUCGGAUAAGACGCGUGUUUAAGAACCUCAACAACGCAAAAACGGAUUUUUUUCUAAUUCACCGUUCACAUCAUGAGUUUAUAUUGUUGGGGUGCUAACAGUUACGGCCAAUUAGGUUUAGGCUACAAAUCUGAUGAAGAAUUAGAACCGAAAGAAGUACCAUUAAAAAACUGUGACUUGAGAGCUGAAGAUAUAAUUUCUAUAGCAGGAGGAGCUGGACAUAGUCUAAUUUUAGACAAAUAUGGUUUUGUCUACUGCUGCGGUUUGAACUCAAAAGGCCAGCUGGGACUAUCAGAUGAUACCUUGAAAUUAACCCAGAUUGAAAUUUUAGGAGAAUUUAAAAUUGUUCAGAUUUCCUGUGGGUGGGACUUUAGUGCAGCUGUAUCUGAAUGUGGAAAACAAUUUGUAUGGGGCAAUAAUGCUAAUACUCAGCUCGGUCUGUCUAAAAGCAUAACAUGCACAGGUAUACCAUCAAGGCUACAAGUAUCACAAAAGCUAGCUACAGGUUUUAAACAUGUAAGUUGCGGAUUAAGACAUUCAGCAAUGAUAACAAAAGAUGGUGGACUCUUAGUUGCUGGUACAGGUGCCAAGGGUCAAUUAGGGCUAGGUGAUAACUUUGAUGACAACAAUUACUUAAGUAUAUCCAAAGUUCCUGACUUAGAAGAUGUAGUAAGUGUUGCUAGUGGUCAACAUCAUACUGUAGUUCUUAGGGACAAUGGAACAGUACUUAGUUGGGGUGAGAAUAAAUUUGGUCAAUUAGGCGUUGAUCCAAAUGUGGCAAACAGUUUUGUACCUUUAGAAGUGUUUAGUCAUGAUGGACUGCACUCUGUAUAUGCUGGUUGGACCCACAGUGCAGGCCUCACCAAGAAUGGGGACAUAUUUACUUGGGGACGCAAUUCUUAUGGGCAAUUAGGGGCAGAAAGGGAAGUACCAUAUAAACCAGAAAAAGUCCCCGCAUUGAAUAACAUCAUUCAAUUAAGUCUUGGUUCAGAGCAUAAUUUGGCCGUCACAAAGGAAGGAAAAUUAUAUUCAUGGGGUUGGAACGAACAUGGCAGUUGCGGUACUGGUGAUAAAAAAGACGUUAAAAUCCCGAAACAAAUAUUAAGUAACAAAAAAAUUAAAUAUGCAUUUGCUUGUACUGGUAGUUCAUUCGCUGUCGUUGAAUAGCACUAAAUUAGUAUAAUUCUCAAUUAUGUAUUUUUCAUGUUUUUCUUGUUCGUAAGUAUUUUUAUAAAGAAUUAUAAUUAAUUAUUAUUGU